CUUUUGUUAACCAGACCUUGAAUAAUGUAACUGCGUAUUUCGAUAUGGUGUUGAAAUUUUCCAUCAGUUUUUAGCAGUCGCCAUGCUAUAUUAACAAUUGCUUUCAUAAGAAAGACCUAUAUGAACAACUUUCGCAUUAUUUUGUUCAUAAAAUGGAGCCAACGAAUAAACUCUGCCAAUCGUGUUUGAGAAUCAAAGAAAAUAUCGAUGCAAUUUCAAUUUGUCAAUCUUGUGAUGAGUUUUUAUGUCCUAGUUGUACAGCGGCGCAUAGAUUAAAUAAAAUAACGUUGUCACAUACGUAUCAACUGAUAGUUCAAUCACUAUGCGAGUCUUGCAAAAGAGGAGGCAUGGACAACAGUACAGUUGCAUGGUGUACUGAAUGCUCGGAGCCAUUAUGUAUGGCUUGUGCAGACGCACAUAAACGUAACAAGUUUACUCUUCAUCACGAGGUAAACUUUUCAACUACAGGCUACGAGGUAUGUGGGAAUAAAGGCCACGAUGCAGAUCAUAAAUAUAAAUCUCGACAACCGUCAUCAUCGUACAACGAAAUGGCAUGUGAAUGUACGGAUGUGAAAAAGACAGUAAGUGAAUUGGUAGAGUCGAUUGAACAAAACUACCAAAACCUCACAGUUCAAGAAAAUGAAGUCUUUGAUGCGAUAGCAGAAGUCAAGAGAGAAAUUGAAUCCAGAGUGUUGCUGCUGGAAUCUGAGCUAAAGAAAGAUCUAUCAUCUGAAAUAGACAAAUGCAAAAAGGCAUACAGCACCCAGAAAAAAGAACUUCUAAUUAUUCAAAAAUCUUUGGAAGAUUUUGUUCACCAUCUUGCAUCUGUAGAAAACUACGAUUUUGCGAAUAAUAAAUUUGGACUCGGAGAAAGUAUGAUCAAGGAGUUGUCAACCAUCAAAAAGAAAGUACAGGCAACUGGGGCCACAUUGCACCGCUUUGAUAUCAAAUUAACAAAUACAAAAAUCAUUCGUAUUCAGAAACUAGGAUCAAUUGCCGUUAAAACUACAGAAAGUGUUUGCAAUCAUAAUGAAGGUCAAGAAAAAAAACAAGGCCAACAAACUGAUUGCAACGAAGGAAGAAAUGUCCCAAGACAGCACAUCAAAUCACAGUGCUCAGAUCCCAAAACUACAUGUGCAGAACCUAAAAUAGCAAAUUCUGCCGGAUGGUUUCCUGAUAUCAAAAGAUCAUCUCUUGAUCGGGUUGAAGAAGCUGUUUAUUCUGGGCGUGUUUGGAAAGCAAAUUUCCAAGGUUGUACAGUAGCCGUGAAGAAAAACGUUGAUAAUAAUCAUUUUUCCUUUCUGAAAGAAGCUCAUAUAUUGAAGGGAGCAUCUCACGAGAACGUCAUAAAAAUGAUAGGAGUUAGCACAGAGCAACAUCCAGUUUGUCUAGUCAUGGAAUUUCUUACGAACUACAGCUUAAAGGACAUGUUAUUAGAUGAACAUACAUCAAUGGACACAUCUAUGAAGAAUAUGACUGAAAUGACAUCUAAGAUUGCAAAAGGAAUGGAUUAUUUAGGAACCAGAGAGAUCAUUCAUUCCGAUUUGAGAGCAGCCAAUGUAUUAUUUGGAUUAAAUUGGAACCCGAAGAUUUGUGGGUUCAAGUUUGCGCACAUGAUAAAUGACCAUACAAUAGAUCACAAACGAAGACGAACUAUUCCUCCGGUUAGAUGGUUGGCACAAGAGAUAAUCGAAGGGGAAAAAGCGACCACCAAAUCUGAUGUUUGGUCUUUUGGAAUACUAUUGAUGGAAGUGUUUGGACACUGCAAAAUACCUUAUGAAGACUUGAAAGAUCCAGAGAUAUUUAACAGAAUAAAGAGGGACUUAAGACAUAUAAGACCUGAUUGCUGUCCGGAAGCUAUUUAUAAUCAUGCUAUAGAUUGCUGGUCAAAAGAUCCCAAUGCUCGAAUAACAUUUGAGUACUUAUCCCACUUUUUUGGUGACUACGAAAUUUGUACGGAACAUGGAUAUGAUGAAGUGGAUGAACUAGGCGAUGACGAUUACACGAAUCAAUGACUAGUCGAUUGUAAUACAGCUGUUCUGUAUAAUUAUAUUCCUGAUAAAAUGAUUAGUUAUUUUGACAUUUACAUUUUUAAACAUGAAAACCAGAUUAUUAUAUGCUAACGAUACAAUUAUCUAGGACAUUAUUCUUCCAAAAAUGUUCUAGACUGCUUUAAAAGAGAGGCAACAUAUACCAAAGGAACAUUCCAGAUGCAUAGAUGUGAUUCUUCUUGUUCUUAUAGAGGUCCACUGUAUUGUCUAUUAUAGAUUAAGGCUACAGUUGUCAGUUAUGAUACAAUCUUAUAAAUCGACUAAGACAAUUGAAAACCAAGUUCCUUUCCGAUUAUGACAUCUAUUCAUAGAUUGCUUUGUGUUUAAGGUUAGAAUUUAUACAGAUUUUGGCACCUGUCAUCAAUAAACGCAUUAAUACCAAACUAUUUGUUGAAAAUUUCUAUUGUAGCAUCAAACUAGAUAUCAUGAGUCGUAGUUAAUGCGUUUAAUAUUUACAAACUGUAUCAAGUUCAUUUACAAAGUUAAUGUGUAACACAGCAGUUUUUUUUAAAUUUCGGAAUAUUAUGCUACCUUUGAUCCUGUUAAAGGUUGUCCCAGUUUAAUGUAACAAUAUAACUCCACGUCCCUUUGCAAAUCAACAACACAAACGAAUAAAAUUAUGAUUAAGUUCCCUUUUUUUCGUCACUAAUAUGGAUUGUUCACGUAUACAUGUAUUCAAAUUAAGCUACACAAGCGCCCCUGAUAAAUAUUCAUGCAUGAUCACAGCCAUGUACUGUCAUUGAAUGUGUAGUCAUGCAGUGGAUCUUUAACAUUCAAAUAUUUCGUUAUCUUCGAUGAAAAAUGACUCUAUAUAUUCAGAUUAAAAAAAAAACAAUUGUUCAUCGGCUUUUGCAUUCAACUUGAAAAAAUAAGAGGUGUCCAUUUUCAAGUAAAACUAGUUUGAGCCCUUCAAACAUUGUUAAAACAGGAUAAUAUUUUAUGAAAUAAUAUCAUAGAUCUGUACAUGCUGUAAACUUCUCAAUUUUUGAAUCGCGCAAUUUUGCAUGUCUUAUAACCUCCCAAAACAAACCUUUUCCAUAAAGCACAGAUUUCAACUUUUGUUUUUCCAUUUUUUUAUUGUUUAAGAUCCAAAUCUCCUAUGGGAAAUCGAUUGUAAAGAUUUAAAUUGUAUAUUUAAGUAUUAUGUGUUUUAUAUAGAUUUUUUUUGUCACCUUAGAUUAACCUUAAAAAAGCAACUUUUUCUGUAUUUUAUAAUGAAACAACAUGUGUUGUUA